AUGCAAUCGCCCGCCCACGUUUCUAGGAUUGUCAGCUGUCUGUCUCAGCAAUCGAGGCCUAGAUUGGUCACUGCUCCUUGUCCAGUGGCUGCACAACAUAACGAUCUCUCGGGUGGCGCCGUGGCUAGUGAGAGCCGCCGGCCUUCCUUCAGCCUGGCCGAGACCCAACGACAUGGAACGACUUUGACGACGUCUGUUGUCUUGAGGGGUGCGUCCGACGGUAUGCUUUGA